UUAACCUGAAAGGACCACAACUGUUUUGUGUCUGUUUCCCAGCCGUUGAGGACUUUUUUAUCUCUGUCAUACCCAUCGAAUCACCAUGUCUUGUCAAUCGACCCGUGAAGGAGUCCACCUGCCUUCUCCGCAGAUAUCCGAUGGCGCAAAAGCUAAGCGACCAAAGGGACCGAAGGUCGCGAAGAAGAAGCAGGCGAAAAUGGCCAAGAAAGACCUUCUAUUCCAUACAGUAGGCGACUCAUUGGCGAGUCAGCUCUACAGUCACUCGAAGUUUGAUAACACAUGCACCUGUUGUGUCCUCCCUGUCGACAGCUAUCGGGAUCAGCCUUUCUUACUUCCACCAGCGCCACGCCCGAGACGCUGUGGUAGCAGCUGUUGUGGGAGUAGCAGCAGCAGUCAAACCCUUGUGGAACCCCUUUCUGACUUAGACACACGAUCUUCUCGCCAUUCCUCAAACACAUACGGUCGUUCAAGUUCCGAAUCCUCCCUACCUCUGGGACGCGCUGGGUUUGCGCCGCUGUCAACGUCAACAUCCUUGCCCCAGACGAAUCUACCGGGCAGAGACCAUAUGGACAAUGCUGAAGUGAUAGAGAGCCUAGCCGGGCGCUAUGGGAAAGUCUCCCAUAUGGUAAUACUCGACCGGAGUUACAGUUUCUUCCUCAACAAAGCUCGGACCGGCGCUCUGUGUUACAAAGUGCAAAAUCACAUAGCCAUUGUCGCGGGCGACCCUUUGUGCGAGCCAUAUUUGUUUACUGAUAUCGUAGACGAGUUCAAGGCAUAUAGAAAGCAAUUCCACUGGGGUAUCGCUUUCAUGGGCGCCAGCGAUAUUUUCGUCAAGCACGCACGACAGCACCAUUGGACGACACUAGAAUUCGGUGCUGAGCGUGUGCUUAAUCCAAUGACGAACGAUGUGCUGAUGGAGCGAGGCGGAAAGCGAAUUAUUGUUCAGAACAAACAGCUGCUCAAUCCAGAUAAGGGUGGUAUUACCCUAGGUGUUUACGCCCCUGAAUACGGCGCAGACCCAUCCUUGCAGGGCGAGUUAACGGCCAUUUACGAAUCAUGGCGACACCAACGCAAUCAAGCCGCAGCUGCAGCCCAGGCAUUUAUCACCGUUUAUAACCCGUUCGACUUCCCUAAUCUCAUGAUCUAUAUUUACACCCGCGGUCCGGAUGGUACCGCGAAUGGGUUCGCGGCGCUUCGCCGGGUAGGUGCCAAUCAAGGAUACCACCUUGAUCCUUGUAUCGCGGCUCCUGGUGCGCCCAAAGGGAUCAGUGACUUGUUAGCAUACGCAUCCAUGGCACUUUUAAACCGGAUGAAUAUUUCAUACCUCAGUCUCGGAUACGAGCCUCUUGCAACCCUGGGCGAUGUGACGGGACUGCCAACACCUAUUGAGAAAAUCACACGGUCUUUAUACCGCCAUACCUUCCAACGAUUACCCAUUGGCGGAAAGAAGGCGUACCACGAUAAGUUUCGUCCCGACCCAUUCUUGGAUUCAGAGUUAUAUCUGGUAUUCCCAUCAGGAGUUCCUGGGCUUCGGCAUAUGCUGGCUAUGGUUCAUAUGGCCAACAUCAGUCUUCGCAAGCUCGUUCGCUCCGAAGCGAAACCCGCCACACAUAAAGAAAGCAAAGGAGAAGAUUGAUGAUACAUAGCAGCGUCCAUAUAUCCAUGGUACCCUGCCGCCCUUCUUAAUUGCCUGUUGUUCACAAGCCUUUCAUUCUUCGGGAAGAGCAAAAUUUAUAAUUAUUUAGUAGCAAUUUUGCUAAACCCCCUAUCCGCGCAUAUGUUGAAGCAUUGCAACGUGA